CAGAAUAUAUAUUCAACUCUACAUUUCGUGACGCUGUGAACCUAUGUAACGACCAGGCCAUGAAUGCGAAUUGUUAAUUUAGGACGCUUUCACGUAGGACAUGUUCAAACCGGCUGCCAACAUAGUGUCCUCGACCGCCGAAAGCAAGACAGGGGGGGUAGGGAAAGGUCGGUGAUCGCUCAGCGUGACACAGUACGGUCCUACUACCAUCGACGACGCGUUAGCUCUGUGGUUACACUCCUGCCUGACGUUGAAAAAGAGUCGCAUAAAGUUCGAGCGAAAGAAGAUCGUUCCGGUUGUGAUGCUCUCCGUAUGCGAUGUGAUAUCGACAAGGUGGAUGCUGUUGGAUGGCGUGAGCCGAGCGUUUCCUACCUUGCACGCAAAUCGAUCCCCGACGACUUCCGACGCCAGAGAUGCAAGCCGCAGAGGAAGGUCCUCGCUCUGCCCUCCACACACGCGGAAAUGCGCGCAAAAGGGCGCGUGCGAGAACAGGGCAUCAUUGGGGUCGGUAACCUCCCAUACCAAAACGACUCCAAAGUUGGUCGGAUCGGGGGGGAUGGCCAUCGGGAGAGGCUACCACACGUUAUCGGCUAUCCCAAGUGUGCGAAUCCAAUCCACUUACCGCCGCCCACAUCAAACCCAUCACUGCCGCAUACGAUGCCCAUCGCAGAGGAACGUUUAGUAAGAGGUCCAUAGACGCAAUAAGUUGCGAUGAUAAUGCAUCCGGGAACAGAGGAUACUGGAGGAAAGGGCUGAUGGCAUCCAAGCGAAGUACU